AUGAGUACCUGGAGGAUGGCGGGAUUGAAUUACGUAAACUACUCCAAUAUCGCUGCUCGCACGCUAAGGAAGUCUUUAAAAGCCAAUUUGCGGGAAGAAGCAAGUAAGCGCGACCAGUCCGCCAUUCGUUACUUCUAUUGGGUCAAAGGAGAAAUGCUGCGGGAUGAACAACUACCACAAGGAAUAGCACCAAGAGAGGGUGAAUCCAAAGAAAGGAAGGAGGCAGAAGAGUUGGAAAGUUAG